AUGUCUGGGAUAAUUAUGACCGCCUUCGCCGCCUUUGGCGGUAUGCUGUUCGGAUACGACACUGGCACCAUCGCCGGCGUUAUACAGAUGGGCGACUGGAUCAGGACGUUCGGCGAACCCGACAGCAGCUCACCCACGGGCUACUCGGUCUCCACCUCUAGGGAGUCUCUCGUGGUCUCUAUCCUCUCGGCGGGAACCUUUCUCGGUGCUCUGAGCGGCGCCCCUUCCGCCGACAUCCUCGGGCGUCGCAUCGGGAUCAUGCUCGCCUGCGUCGUGUUCUGCCUCGGAGUGUCCCUCCAGACUGGCGCGUCCACCCUCGCCACGUUCAUCGUCGGCCGCUUCUUCGCCGGUCUUGGCGUGGGCCUCGUCUCCACGCUUAUACCGAUGUACCAGUCCGAGUGCUCGCCCAAGUGGAUUCGCGGUGCGAUCGUGUCCUGCUACCAGUUCGCGAUCACGGUCGGCCUGCUGCUCGCGGCGGUCAUCAACAAUGCGACGAAGGACCGCCCGAACCACUCUGCGUGGCAGAUCUCGAUCUCGAUACAGCUCGUCUGGGCGUUCAUCCUGUUUGUCGGCAUGCUGUGGUUACCAGAGUCACCACGCUGGUUGAUCAAAAAGGACCGUCAUGAGGCUGCCUUGAAGUCCAUGUCCCGCCUCAGAUCCCUACCUCCUGAUCAUCCAGAAGUGCAAGGCGAAAUUGCGGACAUCGUAGCUGCGCUCGAAAGCGAGCGUGGGAUGGGCCAGAGUUCGUAUAUCGACUGCUUCCGUUCCACGCCCAACAAGAUCGCUCUCCGCACCUUCACCGGGAUCGCGUUGCAGGCGUGGCAGCAACUCACAGGCGUGAACUUUAUAUCCUAUUACGGCAUCACGUUCUUCACCAGCGCAGGCAUCAAAAACCCAUUCCUCAUCAACGUCGCGACCAACAUCGUCAACACGGGCAUGACGCUCCCCGGCAUGUGGGGCGUCGAGCGCUACGGGCGGCGCUCGCUCCUGCUCUGGGGCGCCACGCUCAUGUGCGUGUGCGAGUUCCUUGUCGCGAUCCUCGGCGUCACCAUCUCCAUCGAGAACAUCGCCGGCCAGCGCGCGCUCAUCGGCAUCGUGUGCAUAUACGUCGGCACGUUCGCCGCGACGUGGGGACCCGUCGCGUGGGUGGUCACGGGCGAGAUCUUCCCGCUCAACGUCCGCGCGAAGGGCAUCUCCCUCUCGGCGGCGUCCAAUUGGCUGUGGAACUGGGCGCUCGCAUUCGCGACACCGUAUCUCGUCAACUCAGGCGCGGGCAACGCAGGGCUAGGCGUGAAAGUGUUCUUCAUCUGGGGCUCGACGUGCGCGGGCUGCAUCGUGUUCACGUACUUCUGCAUCCCGGAGACGAAAGGCCUCUCGCUCGAGCAGAUCGACCUCCUGUACCAGAACUCGACGCCGGUGACGAGCACACGUUACCGCCGGCAGCUCAUCGCUGAAGACGGAAUUGAUCUGCACUAA